CUUUAUUCGUCGUUGACUCCAUAUUGUGUCUGCGCAAUAUGGUUAUUGCUAUUGCGACCACAUAAGUUCCUGAAAACUAACCUUAUUAGUUCUUCACCGUAUUCAACAGGUUGGCUUAAGGUGACAAAAAAAAAGAAAAAUGGACGUAGAUAAGGAAGUUCAGCGCCUAGAGCGCCUCAUGAAAGACUCGGAAGCCAACAUGAGUGAAAUAAUCGAAAUCUAUUUCAAUAUAGCAAAGGAAGGGACGUCUACUGUGUCCAGCGCUAUGCCCUUCCUCAAAGAUUCAGCUGUUCAUUUGUUGUCCUCUGAAUUGAUGAAAAUUCUGAAAAAACAUAGACUGGACGCCUUUAGUUAUAUACUAGUCGCCAACAACUUACUGGACGUAGGUGAUAUCAAAGAUGAAUUGGAAAAUGGAGACGCUUUAACGAGCCGUGUUCCACCCAAUGCGAUCAGGAAGCUCAAAACAGAGCUUGGUGUUGCAUCAGUUUUGUCAUCCGCAACCCCAACGGCGGAACGCGCGCCACUUACACCGUUAGAAAAGCCACAAGUAUCAAUGAGCAGCACGAAUUAUUUAGCAUCAAAACACAUAGCACUAAAAAUAACAUAUCAAAAAAACGUUAACGGCAUGACUGUGUACAAGUUGCCGUUGGAACGAUCAUUAACUUUCUCCGGAGCGUCUUCCAUCAUCAGGCGGUUCUCCUUCGGUGAGCCAGAUCCUUUCGGAAGCAGGGGAUGCAAAACCAUUCUUCUGAUGGGUGCCACUGGUUCAGGCAAGACCACCAUGAUCAAUGCCAUGAUCAAUUAUGUAUUAGGCAUUCAAUGGGAGGAUCCUUUUCGUUUCAUACUUAUCGAUGAAAACGAGACAUCUCAAGCUUUUAGCCAGACCAGAAAAGUCACGGCAUACGACAUCCAUUACAGAAAUGGUUUCCGCAUUCCUUAUUCUCUGACGAUUGUUGACACUCCUGGAUUCGGUGAUACCGAAGGUAUCGAGCGUGACAAACAAAUCACUUCAGCCAUCAAACAAUUCUUUGAACACGAAAAUGGCAUUCAAGAAUUGAACGCAGUUGGCUUUGUAGCGCAGUCUGCGCUGGCUCGCCUUACGAGCUCUCAGACUUACAUCUUCAAUUCGGUACUGUCCAUUUUUGGUAAAGAUAUCGGCGAAAACGUUCGCAUCUUGGUCACUUUUGCGGAUGGAAGUCAACCUUCUGUAUUAGCAGCUAUUAAGGAGGCUAAACUUCCUUGCCAAAUGGAUUCCAAUAACAAGCCCUGUCAUCAAAAAUUUAACAACGGGGUAGUCUAUGCCUCGAAUCAGAUACCAGAUGAUGAUAUGUCUCCAAUCGAAUGGCGGAAAGCAAUGCAAAAUUUUCAAUCGUUUUUUGCUGAGUUAUCAAAUAUGCCGAUCAAAUCGCUCCAACUCACGAAAGAAGUACUGAAUUGCCGAGAAAGUCUACAGAUCGCUAUUAAGGGCCUAGAAACCACCAUUCAAGCGCACCUCAUGAAAAUUGAAGAAUUAUGGAAGACCGAGAAAAUCAUCACCCUUAACAAAGACCAUGUUAACGCUAAUAAGGACUUUAAAAUCACUGUGAAAGUACCCAAGAAGAAAAAGGUUGAGGUCGGAAUGCAUUUAACAGCACUGAAUUGCUCCAAGUGCGAAGUAACGUGCCACUAUCCUUGCAACCGGAUUUUGUGGACGGGUUUUUGCCCUGCAUUCUGGCAUUCAGAUCAAUUUUCACCUACUAUGCCCGAUUCGGCUAAUAAUGUCAGUCCCUCAAUCAGUCACACAGACCAACAAACAGUCAUUCAGUCAGUCACCAAUUUUAUUUGGAGCAGUACAUACAAUACAGCGGUAAAUACCGCGACGUCCUUAGGAAUGAGAGGUCGCAGGUGCAAGGUCUGCCCUGGAAAGUGCGCAACUGACGUUCAUUCAAACGAACCCACUAGGUGGGAAUACGUUCAAGAAGACGAAACUCGCACUCUCUGUGACAUUCGCAAAAAGUACGACGAGGCAAUGAAAAAGACGCUAAAUGUGGAAGAACUGAAGAAAGCCUUACAAGGAGAGGCGGAGCAGCUGAAAUUCGACAUUAUUAAAGCGAUGGAUCAGAUUAUUCACUACAAAAAUCAUUUAACGAAGAUAGCACUGCGAGGUGAACCGCUCUCCACUCCCGAAUAUAUUAAGCUGAUGAUUGAAAACGAGGAAAAAGAAAAAAAGCCUGGACACUCGGAGAGGAUUAGAAGUUUUAAAGAUCUAUUGAUAAAGGUUCGGCUUACGAGAAACGUUACCGAUGGCGGUGACUUAGGCACUUAGCCAAGCAGUUCAAAAACUAAAAUAAAACAUACAGGCCUAUUAGGAAAUACUGAAGCAAAGAAGAUUUCUUUUCUAGUUCACCUUUUUUUUUUAAAUUUUGUAGUCCAAAUAUUCAUUUUGUGAGUUAUCACAGUAACUUGGCUUUCCAAUGCGGUUGCUAAAUAUUCGAAAAUUUAAUUUCUGUCUCACUUUGUAUCGGAAUAUGGAUUUAUAGAUGGGUACAAGGGGUUAAAUACAAGACC